AUGGCUUUAAAAAGUAUUGACAACAUCGCCCUCAUUAGGCAGGUGAAGGAGCAUCCGAUCCUGUUUAAUGCGAGCGGUGGAGGAAAACUUAAUGCCACCCUAAGGACCGAGGCGUGGGAAUCGGUCUGGUUCCCAGUUUCAAUUCGUCUGACGAAAAGACGAAAACGAAUACAAAACUGGGAAUCCAAAAAAAAAUGGAAAAGCCUUCGGGACACUUUCCGCAGGUUCCUGCGGAAGCUCCAAAGCGGAGCUACAAAAAUGAGCCCCCAAAAUAUGGAGCUCGAAUUUUUGGUGCCGUAUAUUAUGAAUGAGAGCGGAGAUACCGGUGCUGAAGGUGAUGGUGGAGAUCAAGCUGGGGAGGAUCAAGCUUGGGAGGAUCAAGCUGAUACUUCGGAUGAUUCAGAAGAAACCUGUUUCAUUUCUCUUUCAUGA